UGAUGUUAUCAUCGCGUAUCUUGAUGCUUUCACAGGUUUCCGUCAGGUUAGUGGGUGCGUUUUAAACUAAGCUAACACGUCAAAGUUGAACUGAUAACCGUUCAUUUAUUCAUUUCGUUUUAUUCCGUGUUUGCUGACGAGACGCAGUUAAGCUUUGAAGAUGAAUUCCAGAGAUCUGGAGAAAGAGGAGGAGGAGGAGGAGGAAGAAGAAGAAGAAGAAGAUGAUGAGGGUGUGAACCCAACAGAGGUGAAAAUGAGUCAGAUAGUGAUGCCCUGUCACAGCAACCAUCGACAGGAGCUGAGCGUUGGACAGCUGCUCAAAUGGAUAGACUCCACUGCCUGCCUCUCUGCUGAGAGACAUGCUGGGUGUCCCUGCGUCACUGCUUCCAUGGAUGACAUCCACUUUGAACAUACCAUCAGUGUGGGUCAGGUGGUGAACAUCAAGUCAAAAGUCAACAGAGCCUUCAACACCAGCAUGGAGGUGGGCAUACAGGUAAGCUGUGAGGACCUGUUCUCUGAUCGUCACUGGAAGGUUUGUCACGCCUACGCCACCUUUGUGACCCAGCGCACAAACACAGGAGAAAAGGUGAUUUUGAAGCCUGUUGUGCCUCACACUCACAAAGAGCAGGUUGAAUACAGCCUGGCUGCUGAGCGACGGCGGGUCAGGAUGUUACACGAUGACAUCAUCAAAGAUCUGCUCUCCCAUGGGUCUAUCCAGCAGUCCGACAGCUCGGCAGUAGACAGUGCGGUGGCAGCAGAGAAGACCAAGGUGGAGAGUGUUGAACUGGUUCUACCCCCACACACUAACCAUCAGGUAAAUACAUUUGGCGGACAGAUCAUGGCCUGGAUGGUGAAUGUAGCUACCAUUGCUGCCAGUCGUCUGUGUCAGGCUCACCCGACUCUGCGGACCAUCGACAUGUUUACCUUCAGAGGCCCUUCUCAGAUUGGAGACAGACUGCUGCUUAGAGCUAUAGUCAACAAUGCCUUCAAAAACAGCAUUGAGGUGGGGGUGCGUGCAGAGGCCUACCAGGAGGAGGGUCCUAACCGACACAUAAAUUCCGCUUUCAUGAUCUUUGAGGUGCUUGACAACCACAGGAAGCCAUGUACAUUACCACGAAUACGACCCGAACCUGUGGAAGGGGAGAGGCGGUUUCAAGAAGCCAUAGCCAGGAAGAAGAUCAGACUGGACAGGAAAUACAUCAUUUCCUGCAAGCAGGCUGAGGUCCCCUUGUCUGUACCCUGGGACCCCAGAAACCAGGUGUAUCUGAGCUAUAACAAUGUUUCAGCUCUGAAGAUGUUGGCUGCUAAAAACAACUGGCGCCUCAGCUCUGAGAAAGACAAGGUUCGUCUUUACACCCUGGAGCAGAAGUCCAUGUUGAGUUUCAGGGUGGAAGCAGAGGUUGAUGUUCCUGCUCACAGAGCCUUUUGUCUGCUGGCUGACCUGAACAACAGAACGAGCUGGGACACACAUUACCAGAAUUGUGAGCUGAUUCACCUGGUGGACGACGAUGACUUCCUGUACCGUGUGGUGACUCCAUCAGUGCGUCAUGGUGGAGUGGGUUCCCCGACGUCGGCCAGUCAGGGAGAAGGGAUUCUCCAGGACUUUAUCUUGUUGGCCUCCAAGAGAAAGCCAUGUGGCAGUGGAGAUCCAUAUGUCAUUGCUCUGCGAUCGGUGUCCCUUCCCACUCACCCUCCCACUCAAGGAUAUAACAGAGGAGAGGUUCUAUGUGCUGGAUUUACCAUACUGGAGACCAAAAACAACAUGUCACUAAUCAGUUACUAUAACCAGGCGUCUCCGGAGGUUCUUCCCUACAUCUCCACAGAUAUUGCCGGCCUCUCCUCUUCUUUCUACCACACCUUCUGCUCCUGCAGACAAUACCUGACUAUGCACAGGUUGCAGACCGCCUCUGAGGAACAAGCCUGCCAGUACCAGACCACGACCACAGACAGUCCCACCUGUGACAGUAAAGCUGACAGUCUGUCAGUGGCCCUGCACUGUACUCAGUUGUAAACAGUCAGGGGUACGUUUCAGGCCAGUUUAUAUCACAAAGUGUAGAGUGAGGUGAAGCUGCUGUUUGUACAUCAUGGUACAAUUAAAAGUUUUUUAGUAUUUUUGUAGUACGUAUGAGAUGCAUGAUGCAUAAAAUAAUAAUACAAUCACAGUAAAUUAAGUAAA